GUUCAGUGCUCAGUUUCGCUUUGGACGUCGUUACGCGCGGUUCAUUGAUAUUGCGAGGCGCGCGAGAUCGGCUCCAACAAGUCCCGUUACCCGUUAAUCAUUGCUCGUCCUACGCACAGCGAGAAAUUGUAAAUACAUUAAUCAGGAAGUGCGACGCUCAAAAUAUCAUGAUGUCCAAGCGAUUGUUGACUCACACAAGACGCGCCUUGAGCCGCGCCAGCUCAACGUUGCACUCGAAGGCAGCGCCAGCUGAGAUGACUCAGGUGCACACUGAGAUGCCCGAGUGUAGUCACCAGCCGGCAUCGUACGAUGGUCCAAGCUACGAGCGAAUUCUGGAGACGCGCAAAACUCACUUGACCCCUAAUAUGUUGGCGCAUUUUAAGAAACCUUUGGUCAUCCACACUGGGCAUAUGCAAUGGUUGUAUGAUCACGAGGGUCGUCGCUAUCUGGACAUGUUUGGCGGCAUUGUCACUGUCUCCGUGGGGCAUUGUCAUCCCAAAGUAAAUCAAGCUCUUGCGGAGCAGACGGCCAAAUUGUGGCACACAACAAACAUUUACAUGCAUCCGAAGAUACACGAGUAUGCGGAACGUUUGGUGGCCAAGUUUCCGGGUAACCUCAAGUCCGUGUGCUUUGUCAACUCCGGUUCCGAGGCAAAUGAUCUGGCCAUGCUGUUGGCACGUCUUCACACCGGCAACCAGGACAUCUUGACCUUCCGCAAUGCCUAUCACGGCAUGUCGCCCUACACGAUGGGACUCACAGCACACUCCACUUGGCGUUAUCCCCUCCCGGGUGUCAACAGUGGUGUACUGCAUGUGAUGAACCCGGAUCCAUAUCAGGGCAUUUGGGGUGGAGCCGCCUGCCGGGAUUCUCCCAUCCAGACCACACGAAGCUGCAAUUGCCCGCCCUCGGGUUGUCAGGCAGGAUCGGAGUACUAUAAUGAGCUGGAGCAGACAUUCAAGUACUCGCUGCCACGCGGAAAAGUUGCUGCCAUGUUCGCCGAGUCCAUUCAAGGCGUUGGCGGCACCGUUCAGUAUCCCAAAGGGUAUCUGAAGAAGGCAGCGGACUUGGUGCGCGCCAAUGGCGGCAUCUUUGUGGCCGACGAAGUUCAGACUGGUUUCGGACGCACUGGCGAACACUUCUGGGGCUUCGAGGGGCAUGAUUACAUACCCGACAUUGUCACAAUGGCCAAGGGCAUUGGCAACGGUUUCCCGCUAGCUGCAGUGGUCACAACUCCUGAGAUUGCCGCCUGCUUGGGCCAAGCCUUGCACUUCAAUACCUAUGGUGGCAAUCCCAUGGCCAGUGCCGUGGGCAUCGCUGUGCUCGAUGUGAUUGAGGAGGAGAAACUGCAGCGCAAUUCCCUUGAUGUGGGCACCUAUUUCCUCAAUAGCCUCGCUGAUCUGCAACAGCGCUACGAACUCAUUGGCGAUGUGCGUGGCAAGGGAUUGAUGAUUGGCGUGGAACUGGUUGCGGAUCGGGAGACGCGUGCACCGCUGGCGACGCCACAUGUCCUCGAGAUCUGGGAGACGUGCAAGGAUCUGGGUGUGCUAUUCGGACGCGGAGGUCUGCACGGCAAUAUUAUUAACUUUAGACCACCCUUAUGCAUCAGCUACGACGAUGUUGAUUUUUCCUUAAAUAUUUUGGAUACCGUUUUCCGGCAACACAUGAACAAAAGACACCGCAGCUGGCGCACUGGCCCAAAAUUUCGAGGCUUCUAUUAGCAUUUCAAAUAUGAAUUGAAAUUGUAGAGUAGUAUAAGGUAUAUAGUAUUUAUUUCUUAAACAUAACUCGAAUUUAUUGAGCACAAUUUGGAGUUCAGAGAGCACAAUUAGAAUCUAAGAGCAAACUGUGAGCAUUUUACAUAACAUUCCAAUGACAAUUGAGCGAGGUAUAUAUAUAUAUAUAUAUAUAGCUUAAGUGUAAUUGAUUUAUAUAAUUGUAUAUGUAUAUAUUUAUAUUUUAGGCACAGCAUUUUCAUUAAAAGUUUAAUAAUUUGCGACAAUUUCA